AUGCAUAACAUCUGUUCCGACUGCAGCAAGGACUUCACCACACGCACAGGACUCAUUCAGCAUUAUCUCCAGAGCCCCCGUCAUCACUACUGCCAGCGAUGUGACAGGCAUUUCGAUUCUCAACAUUACCUCGUCACGCACUUGGAGAGAGCUCACUACUAUUGUCAUCCAUGUAAUGCUAUCUUCGAGUCCUCGCUAGGCUUGGAAGAUCACAACCGCCAGAAGCACUGGUACUGCAUCUCCUGCAAACGCGUCUUUCAGAGCGAGAGUAAUCUGAAUUCUCAUCUUCGCUCCUCCGUUCACCAGCCGAGUGCGUACGCAUGCCCCGGCCGCAAUUGUGGAAUGACGUUCAUCUCCCAUGCUGCUCUCAUCCUUCACUGGGAGUCUGGAGCGUGUCCCUCUGGCGUUACGCGCGAGGGUGUCGACCGCGUCGCCGUCCGGAUAGACAGGGGUGGCAUCAUUACCAAUCCGGCACGCCUCAUUCGCGGUCCAGACGGGCAAACCACAGCCCCCUCGAGCACAUCCGUGGAGACAUGGGCGACGGAGCGCUCGUGGAACGGGUCCUCCUACGAGUGUUUCCUCUGCCACCGUACCUAUCGCACGCUCCAUGCUCUCAACAUGCACCUGCGUAGCCCUGCGCACGCAGACAGGAUCUACCGGUGUCCUGCCGCAUGGCGUGGGUGCGGACGCGAGUUCCGCACGCUCAGCGCGCUCUGCCAGCAUGUGGAGAGCGAGCAGUGCAGCGUGCAUCGGUUCAGCAACGAGAUGCAGACUGUGAUCGACACGUUCUCGAGUAACUUGAGGAUCGCUUAUUGA